AGGCAGCUGUUUGCUUUAAUCUGCUUUAGCCAGCUAGCAACCCCUGAUGCUAAGGUGCUAGUAGCAUGUUUUUUAGCCAGCCUAAGCAAAUAUGUCAAAAUAUUGUGCUUACUUCCUCCGAUUACGGUUUUAACUGAGGGUGAAUAUUCAACAACCACACGCCGGAUGAAAUAACAGAAUGUUUGGCGAGAUAUGGAGUUACUGUGUAUUUAAAUAUAUUUAAUUGGGAUUUCUUUAAAAGCUUGCUAAAAUGGAUGUCCUGCGUACUUGCUGUUUACUAUAGCCCAGUUUAGCAUGCUACCCCCAGCUCGCCAGCUCCUCUCCCUAUAAGGACAUGGGUGGAUAUGUUUUUUUAACAAAUGUCCUGUUUCAUGUCUGGAAUUUGACUUUAAACGUGUUCAAUUGUAUCUAUUUAGCCAACAACUACAAAGGUAUUUAAUAUGUAGUUGUGUUAUCCUCAACCACGGUUGUAGGCUUCGCCUUUUGUCACUAUCAUUUGGCAUGUUGUGUUUUGUCAGGUCACAGUCCGUAGCUCUCAAACCCCUACCAUGUUCAUGGUGAAAACAAAUAAACUGCGUGUUGUUGUGUUUUCGGGUGUUAUUAACGAUCACGGGAAGCGAUCACACGAUUCCUUGAAGCUACAUGGUUUGACAUCAAGGACACUCGUGGCGCGGAAGAGUGCAUACUGCUGAAUCACGCUGACUUUAGAAACGGGCACGUCGGUUUACAACCCAGUGCUCGUGGUCGGACUGUGGCGGCUGGAGACAAAAGGGCCAUGCUUUUUCUGGGAAAUUAAAUUUCCACUUGGGUAACAGAGCAUUUGAUGUAAACAGUUAGGCCUGUGUAAAGAGGGGGGGGGGGGAUUUAAACAAUGUAAGGAGGGACAUGAUGACUUCCCUUUUACGCUUACUAUGGCGCUUUUACCACAUGUGCCACAAAUGUCUAUUAUUUACCUAAAACCGGAAUUUUAACUUUUACAACCUUGCGUUUUUUGUUUUUAUAUAUAUUUCCAAUGCUUUUGCUGUAGUGGUCAUCUGCGUUAGGUAGGUUUAAAUAUAACUAAAUAUUAAUUUUAUAUUUUUUGUUCCAGAAAGAUUUGCAUCGCUGUAGGAUAUUGGUUAAGGGCCUCUACCAUUACAAUCCCAAUGUGUAACAAAGUAAUAAGUAUUAAUCACAAGGCCCAUUGUUAAACAUGAACAAUCGGGGGCAGUGUGUUAAAGGGACAAUCAAUAGAAGAUGACUUGCUUUCAGGGUAGCCAUGGGGAGACGGCUAUAAUUUAGUUCGUUAUUUUUCUUGUAGCCGAUAAGAGGAAGUGUUUAGGGAACAACACCUGCCUUGAGCAACAAAAGGGGUUGGGCACACCGUGACUUCCCCUCGCGUUCACUGUGAACACACACGGCAGUCUGCUUUCAAAUCCUCCCUCUCCUUUCGUAUAAGACAUAUAUUAACGAAAUGCAACUUUUCUUUUCGAAGCAUGACGAAUCUGGGCUUUUUCUGUAUGCACACACACAGAAUGGCAUAUUUUAAGAUUGUCUGAAUCUGUGACGGGAUUCUGGACGGGGGGAGAAACGGUGAAAGCAUGACGUCUGAGAGAAAUAGCAAAGCCCUGAAGGUCAAGAGGGAGUGCGGCGAGAACGUGCCCAUCCUUUCGGACAGCGAGCUCAUGUCGCUGUCGGUGCGCGAGCUCAACCUCCACCUGCGCGGGCUCUCCCGCGAGGAGGUGCAGAAGCUGAAGCAGCGCCGGCGCACCCUGAAGAACCGGGGCUACGCCGCCAGCUGCCGCGUGAAGCGGGUGUCCCAGCGCGAGGCCCUGGAGCAGCAGAAGAAGGAGCUCCAGCGGGAGGUGGAGCGGCUGGGCGCCGAGAACGACGGCAUGCGCCGGGAGCUGGAGGGGCUGGGCGCGCGGCUGGCCGCCCUGCAGCGGUUCGCCCGCGGGCUGGAGUCCGGCGGGGGCAACAUCCUGGCCACGGCGCCGCGCCUCAACACGGCCUCGGUCAUCACCAUCGUCAAGAGCCCCGCCCAGCCGCAGACACAAAGAGAGCAGGGGGGCUCCUAGGAGCAGGAGGAGGAGCUGGAAUGGAACAAGGAGAGGGAUACCCCGAGCUCACGCUCACACUCUCACUCACACACACACACACACACGCGUGCAGAGAUACACGGCGAGGAGGAGGGAGACGGACGAUACAAAUGAUAAGCACUUACGAAAAAACGCACUUCAUGUUCAGUUGUAGUGAUCUCAGGCUCCGUCGACACACACACACACACACACACACACAGCACUUGUACACACAUGCAUACACACACAUACACACACACACGCGCACACAUCUCCCAGUCAUUCCUGGCUUGACCCGUGGGCCGGGGCGGACUCAAACAGAGGCCACGCAGCUGAGCUCCCGCGUCCCAUCCCUUGACAACGCCGAUCGUGCCGCCAGCGCUCAUGUUUGUCCCUGUGUGUACGGCCAUCUGUACGGCUGUGGUCUCUGUCUCGUUUAUCUAACCGCUCCCCCCCCCCCACGCACCCCGUAGAACAACAACAACAAUACAGCUGGAGAGAGGGCAGACGUCUCGGUCAACGCCUCCUCCUCUUCGCUCGUCACCGUCUGCGAUCCCCACUCCCUCGUGUGUCCGAUCCGUCUGGGUCAACUAGUCAUUUUGUUGCUACAGGGCUGAAAAAGGGGGGUGGGGUGGGGUUGUGUACUUUUUUUAGACAGUUUUAGUGUGUCUGUCUUUUUUUUCUUUUUUUCAAAUACAGACAGGAAUGAAUACCGACUCGCUGAAUACGGACCAGACUAUGCGCUUCAGUUUCCCCACACACUGUACAACCAUUCUCUCGCUGUCAGUGUGUCUCAGUAGUCUCUUCUAGUUUGGGUUGGACAAGCAAUACUCAGUGGUGAAGGAAUGGGUGAAGGAACCGUUGAGAAGGAGGGUUUGAUUCAUGGAUUGCCCAAUAUUUUCUUUUGUUUUUUGUUUCAAGAGGUCCAGACCACAAAUUCGUUCUGUGUUUAUAUGUAUCGAGUCUAGUAUUGUCCAAGUGCUGAUUCAUUGUACUCCCUUUCACUGUCCAUAGGUAUUACUGUGCUUUUAAUUGUAUGUUUAGUCUGUUGUGGCUUUUGUAUUUAAAACUAAACUAAACGAAAACGUAAUUAUCUUGGACGGAUGUUGGUCAGUAAGUGACGGCCGCCAUUGAAAUAUGAAGCACUGCGUCAUGCUAAAAGUUAUGCUGAAUCAGAGCAAAAACGGUCCCAAAUUACCAUUUUUCUUUUCUGGUUUGUUUCUUUUUCGAAUCUUUGUAAUUACCUGCGAAAGACGACAAUGUCGAGAGACAUUUACCAGAGCUAUAAUCUAUAUUUUAUUUGUAUUUAAAAUGGAUAUUAUAAAAAAAAGACAAGCUAAUGAGUGCUGUGAUGUUAUGUUUGUUUUUUUGAAAGUACUUGCGAUGUAUGACUAGUUUGGGAUUAUUCUCACCUCUAAUAAUUGUACUUUGACUAAAGAUGAUUACUAUAACUGUUAUUUUUUUUUAUUACAAAAUGUUAACUGUUAUGAGCAGAGUAGAAAAUGCUAAAUGCCAAUGGCCAUGUUUGCUGUAUGUGGACUUUUUACUUGGUGUGCGCAUAUUUGCCACGUUUGUCCUGAUUUCAUAGUGGCGUCUUGUGGGGAAACCAUUAUUUAAGUACUGAGGUGAUUUAUGAUGUGUAAGUUUGUUUUUGUUUAUUUAUGGAGAAAAAAAAAUUAAGGUCUUUUCUGAAUUGGCAUGACAGCAAGGUCAUGGGGAAAGUUGAACGGUGAACAAAAUGUCGGGAUUGCGAAGAGGGGAAAGAUGGAAUGAGGGUUGAAAUGAGGAUGAUGGAACGCGUUGAGGCGGCAGGAAAAAGGUUAGAGAAUGUGAGGAAGAGAUGACAUGAUGUAGAAAGGUGUAAUGGAGGUGGUGCUUAAUUCACUAGAAAACCUUAAUCUGUUGUCUUUCAGUAAAAACUGCUACCCAAGCUCCGCUAGGCUGGGAGGGGAGGACUGGGCCUUUCGAAUAGGGCUAGCAAUAUGACGUUGGAAAGCAGGCAUUGCAACACAUUAUAGUGUGUUGUCAGAUACUCCUUAUUAUAUAUAUGUAAGAGGCGUAUAUUUAGCUAUAUUGAUAUCAGAUGUUGCAUAGCAUUUAUUCUCAGUAAUAUUUUGUCUCAGAUCUGUCAAAUUGUGCUGGAUGUUUUGUAAUACUGCAAAACGAAAAAGAUGGUCUUUGUAUUUAUUACAUGUAUUUUUUCAAUGGUAAAAAAACUUAAAGUACAUUGUCUAUUUUAUAUAUUAAUAAUUAAAAUAAAUGUUGUAUAUAUUGUACAUACAAUUGAUUCGUUGUGAUUGUAGAUUGUAGUGAGAUUUAUCGAUAUCAAGAGCCUACAUCCAAGACUUGAGUAUGGAUCUAGCUGUUUAGCUAUUUCUCGUUUACUUCUUACUAAAUAUUCUUAACUGUAACCACAGAUCUCGUAAGUCUGUAAAAUGUGGAAGCUACCAUUGUGACACAAACAAAGCAUUAAUUGAUGCAAGAAGGAGGACUAGAUGAGAAUGCAAAGAUAAUAGCUCACAGCUAGUCGAUAAGGCUGUACUGUGGAGUCACUGUUGGCUAAGAGGAAACAAGCAUUGAAAAAAAGAGAACUUUGAAAGCUCAUGUGAUCAAUUGAUAAGAGCUAUAAAAAAAACUGACUGAUACAGGAAGCGUUCAUUUGACUCCGACUGAUAAUUGCUGCGUAAUGUUCGGUAACUUGUCAAAUUCCCAUCUGUUAAAUAGUGGUAAUCAGAAAUUGUAUGGUUCGGUGAAUGCGUAUAAAAAAACUUGAUAAUUGCAAUAUACAUUCAUUUGUAAAAAAAAACACUAACACUGUUACAGAUAA